AUGCCGCCCCAGGCCGCCCUCGUCAACCUCUCGCCCGCCGAGCUGGCCUUUCUGCGCUCCACCCUCGCCCAGACCCCGCCGCUUCGCCUCGAUGUCACAAAGGGCCCGCGCGACUUCCGCUCCAUGCGCGCCGAGUUCGACGUCCUGCCCACCGCCAACGGCAGCGCCCGCAUCGCCCUCGAGGACGGCACCGAGGCCCUGGUCGGCGUCAAGGCCGAGGUCGAGCAGACGCCGCAGCGGCCCGCGCUGGGCGACCAGGGCGACGUCGACACGCCCAACGCCGACGGCCACACGCCCAACGCCGACGGCCACGGCCACAGCCACGGCCACAGCCACAGCCACAGCCACGGCCACGGCCACAGCCACGGCCACGGCCACGGCCAGAACGGCUGGCUCGAGAUGAGCGUCGAGGUGCCCGGCUUCCGCGACGACGACGCCCUGCCCGUGUUCCUCGCCUCGAUGCUCACCGAGAGCCUGCUCGCCAGCCGAGACCUACAGGACCGCCUGUACAUCAACCGCCGCUUCCACUGGAAGCUGUACAUUGACAUCCUCCUCCUCUCUCCACCCCUCUCCUACCCCCUCGGCCUGCUCUCCAUGGCCACCCACCUCGCCCUCCUCACCACCCACCUCCCCGCCCUCAAGUCGGAGAAAGACGAAGACCCGCUCUUCGACGACGACUGGGACGCCGCCGCCCCGCUGUACCCCAAGUCGGCCUCGACAUGCUGCCCGCGCGACAAGCCCCCGGUCAUCGUCCUCGCCAUGGCCGUAGGUGCAAACAUCAUCUUCGACCCCGCCAAGGAGGAGCUCGCCGUCGCCGACGCCGUGCUGGCUGUUGCGUGCACCACUUCGUCUUCGUCAAGCACCGGCGCCAGGAUCGUGUCGAUACGCACCAUUGACCCGCCCUCGCAUCUCACGCCCCCGGCUGUGCCAAACAGCAUGAACAGCGCCACAGGCGGAACGGCGCCGGACAGCAGCGCACAGGCGCUGACCAUGCGGGAGAUGCUGGCCACGACCGGCGUGUGGACACCGCCACGAGGCGGCAUGAAGCGGGCCCUGGUCAGCCAGGUGACCAAGAUGGUCGUGGAAAAGGGCGGCGUAGCCGAGGACAUUAUUGGCGCUUUGGCGGGCAUCGAGACGGCGUGA